AUGAAUCGAAGAAACUCAAACGGAAAUAGAGUUCCUCCACCUGUAGACAGUGUGGUGCUCUACGAACGCUUCUGGAUGUGUUGGAAAAUUGUUGGUAUUGGCACUGACUACAAUGAAUUCCUAUGUGGCUUAUAUGACAUCUGUGUGAACAUAUUUAUAACAAUAUAUUAUCCAUUACAUUUGACUAUUGGUCUCUUUAUGGAACCAACAGUAGCAGACGUCUUUAAAGUCCUUGCUAUCAAUGUCACUUGCAUUGUGUGCACAAUUAAACAUUAUAUGUUUCGUUAUAAAUUAAAAAAAAUUCGUGCUAUACAGGCGACUCUCAGUCAAUUGGACAAACGUGCUAUGGAUAUGGAUGAACGUGAAUACUUCAGUAGAGUACCUAAGGCUGGUGCACAAUUUGUUGUGAACGCCUUUUUCGGUGCAUAUAUAAUGUCAAAUUUGGCUGCCGCUUCUGCAGCACUUUUAUCUUCAGAACGUCGUCUUAUGUAUCCUGCUUGGUUUCCAUUCGAUUGGCGUGCCACAACGCUAAACUAUUGGGUCGCCUUACUAUAUCAAUUUUUCGGAAUAACCAUACAGAUUAUACAAAACUUGGCUAAUGAUAUUUAUGCACCGAUGAGUCUUUGCAUAAUUGCUGGACAUGUACGUAUGUUGGGUAUGCGUUUAUCCAAAUUGGGAUAUGAUACUAGAAAAUCCACUAUACAGAUAAAUUCAGAACUCAUCAAUUGUGUGGAAGAUCAUAAGAAGUUAUUGGAAAUUUUCGAAGCUCUGCAGGAUACACUCUCUAUAGCCCAAUUAUCACAAUUCAUAUCGAGUGGCCUUAAUAUAUGUAUCGUUUUGGUGUACCUUCUUUUCUACGCUGACAAUAUAUUUGCUUCCAUAUAUUAUAGUGUCUAUUUCAUAGCUAUGGCUAUUGAAAUCUUUCCAUGUUGUUACUAUGGCAGUAUAAUGCAGCAAGAGUUCUUGGAUUUACCUUAUGCAGUGUUUAAAAGUAAUUGGUUGAAGCAAAAUAACAAGUUUCGAAAGAAUAUGAUCAUUUUUACUGAAUUGGCUAAAAAGGAGAUAACCCCUAUAGCUGGCGGUGUUAUUGGUAUACAUUUAAAUGCUUUCUUCUAUACCUGCAAGAUGGCUUACUCUUUGUUUGCUGUGUUAAGGUCCUAA